AUGCCUUCUUCAUCGAGCGCGUCGUCGUUUGCGCCGCCAGACAGGAUGCAAUCACUUGGGAGCCAGAUUGGUUACAAGGUUCGCAACAUCUCGCAUUAUGGCGAACCAACAAUUGCGAUCGACCUCAACGAGACUGGUGGCCACAGUCAUAAGUUCAUCACAAGCUAUUCUUCGAUGGAUACUAUCGAAGGCACAGUCACUAUAACCGCACCGCACGACAUUCGCUUUGAGGAUAUCGAUAUUGCAUUCAUCGGUACAAGCCAGGUAUACGUCGACAGGAUGACAACCUCCCCCACCAUGACUGGGCGGACAGAGGCAAAGCACCGGUUUUUGACUCUUAGACAACCAAUAGACGAAUCAAACCUCCCCACUCCAAGAGUAUUUGAAGCUCAUAGAGCUUACAAGUUCCCAUUCACAUUCACCGUCCCAUCGCAACUACUUCCAAAGGCCUGUUCACAUAGUGUAGCCUCAGACCACAUCCGCGACAUGCACCUUACGCUUCCACCGAGCAUUGGAGAUCCUGAUCUUGCUGGCUUUGGCAGUACAUUACUCGAUGAUCUUGCACCGGAGAUGUCAAAGAUCACUUAUGGGAUUCAAGUCAAGAUCGCGCAGAACCGGGGAUCAGAAGGCAUGACGCUGCUUUGUGAAAAGUUGAAGAAAGUUCGCGUCAAGCCAGCUUUUCCAGAGCAGCCUCCGCUGAACAUUGAUCACAACGACGAGUACCGAUCGCGACAGGAGAAGACAGUCAAGAAGGGUUUGUUCAAAGGAAAACUAGGAACCUUGUCAGCGAAGACCGUACAACCGCCACCCCUUGUCAUACCAGGCGCACGCACAGAAGGAAGAUUAAUCACGACCAUGGCCAAGUUGAUUCUUCGAUUUGAUCCGACAGAAGAGACCAGCACACCACCGAAGCUCGGCUCGUUGUCGACGAAAAUGAAGGUCUUGACCUACUAUGCAUCACUUCCCCGACAGAAUCUCCCAGCACGAUCAACCCUUGGCUUCGACCUAUCGCAAGGACUAUACUCCGAAUAUGUACCCCUAUCGAACCUCUGCAUUGCUUCCGCCCAAUGGGAAAAGCACGACUCGGCACAAAAUCCCAGCCCAGAAAGCCUAGUCAGACGCGAUUCCGGCAUCAGCGACUGCUCAACUAUGAGCGAAGCAGAGGAAGCCUUCGCAAUGGGCAUUCUACCUGCAUCCAAAGACUAUAAGCAAGGCCUGUUCUAUACCGCUCAAAUACUCGUUCCGAUCACCCUUCCCACAACACAAAACUUCAUACCAACAUUCCACUCCUGCCUCAUCUCACGCACAUACACACUUGCACUGCAGUUUUCCGCCCACGGCAGUUCAAGCAUACAUCUUAAGGUUCCCGUGCAGAUUUGCGCUGAAGGCAGUGACACUGGUAUCGAGAAUGCCAGGGCCAGGAGCGUGGAAGAGACUGCCUUAAGGGCUGCAGCUGACGUCUUUGCGCCGCGCAGUGUUGCGCCUCCGAGUUUCGAGACAGCGAGGAGCGCGAGUGUUGGGGCGAGAGACGAUAUGCCGCCUGGAUAUUCAGCGUUUGCGCCGUCGACUACGAGGUAUAGUGUGAGUCACUCUAUUAUCGCUUGA